UUGAGUAUACUUCCGAAAACUUUGAUGCAAAAGCAAUAAAAACUUUAACUGAUUGGGAUGAAAAGAACAAAGACGUAGAUACAACUUUUUUCGUAGACGAUAACAAAAUUAAACGAGAUGAAAUUGAAGAGUGGCAUAAAAUUCAAUCAAAUAAUCCUAAUAACUGGAAAGUUAUAUUUUAUGAAGAUUUGAUUCCAACAUAUAAAAUAUUAACUAAAUCACAACAAAGUGAAAUUGAAUCUAUCUUAAGCGAUAAAUAUCGUAUUGUUUUUAACGGAAAAACAUUACUCCAUCAAGAUGACCAAACCACGAUAACUAUCAAAUUUCCUGGACCACUUGUCGAUGACAAAUGCCAAAUUUACGGAUGUCUUGUAAAGAAGAACGAACUUGAAGGGUGGGAAAAAAUUCCCAAUGUUAUGAUUAGAUUUGAUAACAUUAAUCGAUAUAGUUGCAGAGCAAUUAUACAUAAAAGUAGUAAAACAAGGUAUAUUAUUUAUAGUUAUCAUCACAUUUAUAUAUAUGAUGAGAGAUAA